AUGCCUGUACAAGCUCCACAAUGGACGGAUUUUCUCUCCUGCCCAAUUUGCACACAGACUUUCGACGAAACAAUCCGAAAGCCCAUCAGCUUGGGUUGCGGCCACACUGUCUGCAAGAUGUGCCUCAACAAGCUCCACCGUAAGGCAUGCCCUUUUGACCAGACCACUAUCAAUACAGACAUUGAACUCCUUCCUGUGAACUCAGCCUUGCUGCAACUAGUGGGUGCUCAGGUUCCUGAGCAGCAGCCGAUUACUUUAUGUAGCGGAGCUGAAGAUACCAAGCAUUAUGAGGAGGGCAAGAAAUGUGUGGAAGAAUUAGCGUUGUACCUCAAACCACUCAGCAGCGCAAGAGGUGUGGGUCUUAACAGUACUACUCAGAGCGUGCUAAGUCGUCCCAUGCAAAGGAAACUGGUGACAUUAGUUCAUUGCCAGCUAGUGGAGGAAGAAGGGCGGAUCAGAGCCAUGCGUGCAGCACGGUCGCUUGGUGAAAGAACAGUUACAGAGCUCAUUCUUCAGCAUCAAAAUCCUCAACAGCUCUCUUCCAACCUCUGGGCUGCAGUGAGAGCCAGAGGAUGCCAGUUCCUUGGACCAGCAAUGCAAGAGGAGGCUUUAAAGCUGGUUCUACUGGCUCUGGAAGACGGAUCUGCUUUGUCCCGAAAGGUCUUGGUUCUCUUUGUGGUUCAGAGACUGGAGCCGCGAUUUCCUCAGGCUUCUAAAACUAGCAUUGGGCAUGUUGUCCAGCUUCUUUACAGAGCCUCGUGCUUCAAGGUGACAAAGCGAGAUGAGGAUUCCUCCCUGAUGCAACUGAAGGAGGAAUUUCGGACGUACGAAGCUCUGAGAAGGGAACAUGAUUCCCAGAUAGUUCAAAUAGCCAUGGAAGCAGGUUUACGCAUUGCACCAGAUCAGUGGUCCUCACUGUUAUACGGAGACCAAUCUCACAAGUCCCACAUGCAGUCUAUCAUUGACAAGUUGCAGACCCCAGCCUCAUUUGCACAGAGUGUUCAGGAAUUAACUAUUGCUCUUCAGAGGACUGGAGAUCCAGCGAACCUGAAUCGACUUCGACCUCACCUAGAGCUCCUGGCAAAUAUUGAUCCCAGUCCAGAUGCUCCACCUCCAACAUGGGAACAACUGGAAAAUGGGCUAGUUGCUGUGAGGACUGUGGUUCAUGGCUUAGUUGAUUAUAUCCAGAAUCACAGCAAGAAAGGAACAGAUCAGCAACAGCCUCCUCAGCACAGCAAGUACAAGACAUACAUGUGCCGAGACAUGAAACAGAGAGGGGGAUGUCCCCGAGGGGCCAGCUGCACCUUUGCACAUUCACAAGAGGAGCUAGAAAAAUUCCGUAAAAUGAAUAAGCGUCUGGUUCCCAGAAGACCCCUGAGUGCCUCCCUGGGCCAGCUAAAUGAGGUGGGCCUGCCUUCAGGAGGUAUCCUCUCGGACGAAGGGGGAGUGGACUUGCCCAAUAGGAAAACUUCUGCUCUGCCAAAUGGAAUUGUGUCAACAGGCAGCACAGUGACGCAACUUAUUUCUCGAGGGACUGACUCUGGUUACGAAACUGCUCUGAAGCCAGGGAAGAUGGACCAUCUGAGUAGCAGUGCCCCUGGAUCCCCUCCUGACUUGCUGGAAUCUGUCCCCAAGAGCUCUAUUUCUGCCUUACCGGUGAACCCUCAUCCUGUCCCUGCUCGGGCACCAACGGAUCUGCCUUCGGUGUCUGUCACCAAGCAGUUGCAAAUGGUACCACGAGGGUCUCAGGUGUAUAAUACUCAGCAAGCAGAUAUGUUCUAUCAAGAUCCUAGAGGAGCUGCCCCACCAUUUGAGCCAGCACCCUACCAACAAGGAGUUUACUAUCCCACUCAGUCCAUGUCUCGCUUUGUCCGACCUCCUCCGUCAGCUCCCGAACCUGGUCCACCUUAUUUAGACCAUUACCCACCCUACCUUCAGGAUCGUGUGGUGAGCCCACAGUACACGCAGCCGCAGCAGUACCCCCCUAUGGGACAACCCAUAUACCCACCGCACUACGACAGCCGUCGAGUAUAUCCCCCUGUCCAGCCAUAUCAGCGAGAGGAGAUUGUCCGAGGAAGCCCUGUACCCAUUGAAAUUCCACAAGCAGCUGUACCUUCCUACGUACCCGAAUCCAGAGACAGAUACCAGCAAACAGAGGGUUAUUGCUCCGUGGCUCCACAUGUCAGUCAGAUCAGACCUUCGUGCCACAGGGUAUGAUUUUUAUAUUGCUUUUUUGUAGUUUGAGAGAAAAAAUACAAACUACUUGAACCUCAUCCCAGCCUGGAUGAACUUCACCGACGAAGGAAGGAGAUCAUGGCCCAGCUAGAAGAGAGGAAGGUGAUUUCUCCACCUCCUUUUGCACCGUCACCAACCUUGCCUCAUCCAUUUCAUUCAGAGGAGUACUUGGAUGAAGACCUGAAGGUAGCUGGGAAAUACAAAGGAAAUGACUACAGCCAAUACUCUCCCUGGUCCUGUGACACCAUCGGCUCCUACAUUGGAACCAAAGAUGCAAAACCCAAAGACGUUGUGGCAGCAAGGAGUGUGGAGAUGGCGAACGUAGAUAGUAAAGCCAUGCGUGACCAGCGAUUAGACAUGCAGCGAAGGGCAGCAGAGACCGGUGAUGAUGACCUCAUUCCAUUUGGAGACCGACCAACUGUGUCGAGAUUUGGGGCUAUCUCUCGUACUUCCAAAGCGAUGUACCAGAAUUCUGGUCCCAUGCAGGCCAUGGCGGUUCAGGGAGCUACCACCAAAUCAAUCAUUUCAGACUACAAUCCGUAUGGAACUCACGGUGGCUGGGGAGGCUCUCCAUAUUCUCCUCAUCAAAAUAUACCUUCUCAGGGACGUUUCAAUGACAGGGAGAGACUGUCCAUGUCAGAUGUGGCUGGUCAUGGGAAGCAGUUGCCCUCGGCUGAACGAGAGCAGCAGCUGCGCAUGGAGCUGCAGCAAGUAGACCAUCAGAUUAGCCAGCAAACACAAAUGCGAGGACUAGAGGCUGUUAGUAACAGGCUGCUGUUGCAGAGGGAGGCGACUACCCUGGCAGGCCAACCACAGCCCCCACCCCCUCCUCCCAAGUGGCCUGGGAUGAUCUCAAGUGAACAGCUGAGCUUGGAGCUACACCAGGUGGAAAGGGAAAUUGGGAAGAGAACCCGUGAGCUGAGCAUGGAGAGCCAGUCUUCACUGGAUAUAAAAACCAAACUGGGCACCAGUAAACAGACAGAAAAUGGACAACUAGAACCGCAAAGCAAGGUUCCAGCUGAGGACCUCGCACUGACAUUCAGCAGUGAUGUUCCAAAUGGAUCAGCCUUGACCCAGGAGAACAUUGGCCUCCUGUCAAACAAGACGGCAUCUCUCAGCCUCUCAGAGGACCCGGAGGGAGGAGACAACCACGACUCCCAGAGAGCGGGAGUUACGCCCACGUCUGCUCCAUGAAGUGAGGCCAGCAUACCCCAGAGUUUCUUUUGCUGGGGUGUUGGUAGCUUCCAUCACGUUUUUUUCCAGGGGUGAUUGGAGAAACCCAGGAGAAACAGCAGUAGCAGAGCAGCAGGUCCAGAGGCAAUGUGCACAAACACAACUACUAGAAACAAAUCCUGCACAUAGUUCACAUUAACGCAUUUUUUAAUUAAAAAAAUGAAAAUUAGCAGUAUCUGCAAGCAAUUCAAAUUAAAUUUGUUUUUGUUCUGUGAAUGAACUUUAUUUUAAUAACUUUGGACGCCUUGGAUCCCAGGGCUUAAAAAAAAAGAUAUUAUAUAUAUACUCUGUUUGAUUAAUUGUAUGAUCUUAAUGAAGUAGGUUUUU